ACUCUGUCUGUGCAACAGCUCCUCUCAUCUCUCCUUUCUCCUCUCAUCUCCUGAUGAUGAUUAUUAGGACACUUUUUCCACUGAUUGUCCUCUCCGUUGUCUGCUGUUAUGCAGAGGAGGUAAGGAGUAAAAGUAAAGUUUGUGCGAAUGUGUUCUGUGGAGCUGGAAGAGAAUGUGCUGUGACAGACAAAGGAGAACCAACCUGUCUGUGUAUCGAGCAAUGUAAACCCCAUAAGCGUCCAGUUUGUGGUAGUAAUGGCAAGACGUACCGUAAUCAUUGUGAACUGCAUCGUGAUGCUUGUCUCACUGGACUCAAAGUGCAGGUCGCCCAUGAUGGCCAUUGUGAAGAGAAAAAAAUGGAAAAAGUCACCACCAGCCCAAUUGUUUGUUACCUUACGGACCGCAAUGAGUUGAGGAGUCGUGUGAUUGAAUGGUUGCAGUCUGAGGUGGAGCCUGACGGCUGGUUUUCUAAAGGAUCCAACUUCUCUGAUGUCUUGCUUAAAUACUUCCAGAACUAUGAUAAUGGAGACGCUCAGCUGGAUUCAGCAGAAUUCUUGAAGUUCAUUCAGCAUAAUGAGACGGCAAUAAAUGUCACGUCACCUUAUGCUGAGGAGGAGAACAACCGCCUACUCAGGAGUCUGUGUGUGGAUGCCCUUAUUGAGCUAUCUGAUGAGAAUGCUGACUGGAAACUGAGCUUUGAUGAGUUCCUCAACUGCCUCAGGCCUGGAUUCAACCCACCAGAAAGGAAGUGCGCCUUAGAGGACGAGACGUACGAGGACGGUGCUGAGACUCAAAUGGAAUGUAACCGCUGCGUUUGUGCCUGCGGGAACUGGGUCUGCACUGCUGUUAUAUGUGAUGGUCCAAAUAAGAUACCUCCGCCUGAGGAAAUGGAGGGAAGCGAUCAGGAGAUGACGGAGGAGGAAUGGACUCGGCGAGUGGCCGAACUCAAUAAACAUCAGGAAACUGUGGAGAAGAUGAAAGUGGCCGCUAAAGAGGUCUGAGGAGUAAUUCAGGAGGAUUUCAGCCUGUGUUUGAAUGGAAAGAGAGAGAAAGUUUCAUUUAUUUAGUUUAUUCUAUUAAUUAUUGGUGUGUUCUCUACUGUUAUAGUCUUUUUUAUUUGUUUGGGACAAUAAGAGAGUCUGUAUGAUUUGUACUUGUAGUGUAAAUUACUACCAACCUUUUUGUAAUAGUAUUUUUAUACAUUCAGUGCAAUUUUAAUGUUUCUACAAAGCAGGGUGUUCAUAUUUCACCUUAAAGUUAACAGAAAAUAUGAAAUUAUAUUUUGUAUAAAGACCAUUAGCAUCAACAAGAUUUUUGGAUAGUGAAAUUAUUUACAUUUUUAUCACAAUUAAGCCUGCUUUUCCAAUUGUGAUGAUUUUAUGUGACAUAUCUCAUAUACAGUGUAGAACUUACAUUGAAUCAUUAUUAGUUUGUGAUGACUUUGCUGUAAUAAAAUCAGAAUGAAUUCAGAACAUACUGAACUACAUUUCCUCAGCUGCUGAAUGGCAGUCUAUGGCGUGUAAUCAAAAUGAUUAAUGCUUAGUCUUAAGUGAAAAUUGCCAAGUACUUUAAUGUGCAAGAUACUGUACCAAAAAAUCUCUCUCUCUCUCUCUCUCUCUCUCUUUUGGCGUUACAGACUACUAGAUUUUUGCUGUGUGAAAUAUAAAUGUGACCCUGGACCACAAAACCAGUCAUAAGGGUCAUUUUUUUACUUGAGAUUUAAUGAAUAAAUAGUCUUUCCAUUGAUGUAUGAUUUGUUAGGAUAGGAAAAUAUUUGGCUGAGAUACAACUAUUUGAAAAUCUGGAAUCUGGGGUUGCAAAAAAAAAUCGAAACAUUGAGAAAAUAGCCUUUUAAGUUCUUAGCAAUGCGUAUUACUAAUCAAAAAUUAAGUUUUGAUAUAUUUACUGUAGGAAAUGUACAAACAUGAUCUUUAUUUAAUAUCCUAAUGAUUUUUGGCAUAAAAGAAAAAUUGAUCAUUUUGACCCGUACAAUGUAUUGUUGGCUAUUGCUACAAAUAUACCCGUGCUACUUAAGACUGGUUUUGUGAUCCAGUGUCAUAUAUAUUUUGUUUCAUACUGAAUGAUUUAAGUUUAAGCUCAUGCUUAUACCAAU